GCGUGCACAGGUAGCAUUUACGCUUGUAGACACAACUCCUGUUGCUCGGCCGCGUAAAAAGGACAGGUAGUAUUGAUCAGUGGCUCGUCCACCAGAAGCCAGUUCCAUGCGUAGCGGGGUUCUCCGUGAUUCUUCCAGCGCUCGCUCGGAUACCAGUAGCAGAGCAUCAAAAGUCCGCGAGCAACACUGCCACCUCAUCCGGAUGAAGGGUCAGGGAAAGCCGGCUCAGUCUCGCACGUGUGGCUUCGACCACCUCAACCCGGAUGUGCUAAGCAAUGCUCGGGCCUUCAUUUGCCGGGAACAUCCAGAAGCAACACCGGAAGCAAACAGCCCCCUGUAUACCCACCAGUACCGUCCUCCUGGACAUCCCACCGGUGCCAUCACCCUGUAUACCCACCGGUGCCAUUACCCUGUAUACCCACCAGUGCCAUCCACCCAGACAUCUCAGUACCGACCUCCUGUACAUCCCACCAGUGCCAUCGACCCAGACACAUUCACCAGUGCCGUCCGCUACGCUCAUACACAGUAGCCUUUCGCCCACAGCCUUGGGGCUGCACCGA